UGAUGUUCUAGAACUUUUCUUUGAAGUUCAUUGACAGCUAGCAUCACUUUUAUAUACUUGCUGUCUAGCAGCAUGAAGCUGAACUGAUACUAUGGAAAAAAGUAGUCUAAGCGAGAAGGGAGGAUUUGAAAUGGACUUUUCUAUAGCAGAAACUGCAUAUGUUUUGGCUCAGGAUGAAAAGGUCAAUUCCGCAAUCUCUGUUUCUUCUGCCACUCCACUGUGCAUUAAAACCGCAGCUGGUGACUCUCCUUUGAGGUCUAUAUUAGAAGAAAAUACUUUUCAAGCUUUGAAUGAUGGGCCAUGGAUAAAAAGACAGCGUCUUAAUGUCUGUGACGACGGCCCCACUGAAGAUAAUGAUUUUUUAUCCCUCACCUUUCCAAACAAACUCUGGAAAAUUGUUGAGAGUGAUCAGUUUAAAUCAAUUUGGUGGGAUCAUGGUGGAAAUUGUGUUGUGAUUGAUGAAGAGCUCUUUAAAAAGGAGGUGCUAGAAAGGAGAGGACCUUUGCGAAUUUUUGAAACUGAUUGCAUGAAAAGUUUCAUUCGUCAGCUUAAUCUCUAUGGAUUUAGCAAAAUGCGGCAAGAUUUUCAAAGGUCUGCAUCACUUGCUGAAUUUCUAGCAGAAGAAAAAGCAGCUUCUGCCUUAAGCAAGUUACAGUUCUACCAUAACCCAAAUUUUAAGAGAGGCUUUCCAAAUCUGUUGGUAAGGUGCAAGAGAAGAGUUGGCAUUAGAAAUACACCAGCAGUUGCUUUUUCAUUGGAUCAAGAGUUCAAUGAGACCUGCUUUAGGAACGAGGGAACAAGUCCAGAUGUUAUGUCCGCCUUGGGAAGUGCUGCCAUGGAGGAGAAUGACUUGCUUGCACCUGCUCCAAAGGAAGCCAUGCAGGUACCUGUGUUAAGGAAGUCUACAUCAAAUAAAGGACUUGUCAGAGCAACUACCCAACUCAAAAGUGGAUUCACUUCUUCAGCUGCAGCUUCACUGAGGCCGUCCGAACAUGCUACAUCAGAAGACGGUGAUAAGUUAAAUCAGUUGGCUCCGUUCCAUUUAUUGCAACACAACAGCCAUAGCCAAACCAGCAGCCAGGAUAUGGAUUCCACUGCAACCACAUCUGCUACUUCUUUAUAUCAUGUCAUACCUCCUGUCCCAAACAGUCCUUUUGGACCUUUUAGAGGGCCUCCUGGUUUCCCAACCACAUAUCCAGAUUUAUCAGCGAUGCAGGCUCACUGGGCUAGUUUGCUACCAUUUUGUAACCCAUGGUUCUCAAUGCCCAUGAUUGCAGCAGCCUCCGCUCUUCCAAUGUCAAGAUCUUCUCAUCACCGUGCUCCAUCAUACCAUCACUGCCCUAACUGCAACUGCACAUCUAAUAAUGCACCUCCUGGCAAAGGGACUGGACCCAAGCCUACUGAUUAUACAGGAUAUCACCGCUAAAGCAAUGAUUUUAACAUUUCAUAUUCCAGGGGAAUAAAGUCUGAAAAAUCUGCAGUGCAAUUACCUGAAGAAUAAAUCUUCUCCAUUUCUCCUAUCUUGUUUAUCUAAUGUAAUUCCAAAUUUAUUUUGUAUUUUAUCAACCAGGAACUAUUUAACCAAAAGUUAUUGGUCUGCUUUAGGGAUUUCUAAUAAUUAGCAAGCUUGGAUUUUUAAGGAAGAGAGCAUAACAGUGGGUAACGGUCUUUCUAAAGAUGCUUUGUAUGCUCAUCCCUCACCUCUUGCUAGUGGGGAGAAGGGGUAUGUUCAACGAAGCUCAGGAGGGCUAUAUCUCUCUUCUGUUAAGGAGGUGUUGUUAUAUGAAGGGCUGUGUGAGUGUGGGUGCGUGAGAUGUGUACAUGCUAUAUGGAAGAAAGUUUCCUUCACCUUGUUACUGAGGCAAUGAUCUGUGAUAAGAUCAUUCACUAAGGCUUCAUUCAGAGACCAAGGCUUUGACCUGAGGAUUUAAGCUAGACCUCAGCCACAUGAUACCCUUCCUUCUCACAGUGUAAUAACUCAUUAUUUUGCAAUAGCAGAUUUGUAACACAUGCUCUGUUGGAUGACCCACAUUUUCAAGUGAUUCAUGUUAACUAUCAUAAGACUAUAAACUUCAUGCUAAGCAUGUAUUAUUACUACAGAGUCUGGUACGGUCUCUGAGAGCACGCCUAAAUCAGAUCCAAGAGAAGGGAACUAUAAAUUCAACAGACCAAAACCAGAAAAGAUUGGUCACAUUCAUUUUCACUGAGCAGCAGGUGAGUGCUUGUUAAGAGGGAAAGAACAUAAUGGGGAAAAAUUUAGGAAUGACUUAACCACAUGAUAUCACCUUCACUCAGGUCAUUUUGAAAAGAUGCUGCUGUUCACGGAUUCUUUGGUGAGGAGAACCACAUUUUCAGUUAAGUAUUACAGUACUUGAAUUCCUUCGUAUUUCGAUUUGGAAUAUUUGAUGUUAACUAGGGGCCAUUUUGUUCCGGUUUUUUGGAAAGAUUGUGACCAUGGGGCCUGUGCCCAUUGCAAUUAAUGUUGGAAGUUUGUGCCCCAAUUGACUAGAGAGAGAUUAAAUUAUGUUUAAAGGAAUAUUUAUUAAAAACCUUCAAGAAGCAGAGUGGAAUGAUUAUUGGAGUUUAGCAGGGCCAUCUUGAUAUGCUAAUGGUGGUUCUUUUCCUUGUUACGCAGGAAACUAGGUUUUACUUCCCUGUCCUGGUCACGCAGUCUGUAGCCCAAAUGUGCAUUAAACUGCUGUAGCAUUAAACAAGGAUUCCUCAGCAUUUGGGGAGAUCUAAAGGGAAUUGUUGAAUGCAAACAAAUUUCAUAUGCUGAUUAUAGGUUUUUGUAAUAUGCAUCACUGGUACCUAAAUGCUUACCAGGGA